ACCCGAAGAUUCCAGCCAACUGCAGGGAGAAAGCGACUUUCGGCAGAAAACAGACGUGGGCCGCGAGGGCCUCUGGGAAAUGUAGUCCGGGGUAGGAAAGGCGCGGACCUUGUCGGAGUCUUCUCAGCGCCAGCUUGCACUCCCUGCUCCGAGGGCCGGGCUCUAGGGAGGCCGCUGCGGCAGAACUCUAAGCUGAGCGUCCUGGGCAGAUCCGGGCGCCCUUGCCCGCCGCGGUCGCUUACUCCCGCCGCUCGCAAACAGGAAGGCGAGUCCCGCCCGGUGAGCCGCGGGGGCCGCUGGGAAGUGUUGUCCUGCGCCUAACGGACCGAGGCUUGUGCUGCCUCAGCGGCUGCCGGCGCUGACCCCGGGGUGCCCCUUCCUCCGCCCGCGCCGGCUGUGCCACCUGGGGGGCGUUGAAGUGUGGACUUGGGGCCUGUGUCCGCGGCUCGGCGAUUUCUUUUCCAGAGUUCUUCACAUAUUAAGAAUUCAUUCAUCCACGCGCCAGUUAUUGAAUGCUGUCUGCGUGACGGGAACAAUUCUAGAUGCUUGGGACGUAGCAUUGAACAAAAGAGAGAAACUCCUUGCUGUCAUGGUACUUUGUCGUGGGCCAGAUAAUAAAUGAGCGCUGCCUUCUCAGGCCCUGUCCAUUCCCAAAAAGAAGAGGAAAUGACUGAGUCCCAGGGAACAGUGACAUUCAAAGAUGUGGCUAUUGACUUCACCCAGGAAGAAUGGCAGCAAUUGGAUCCUGCUCAAAGGAACCUGUACCGGAAUGUGAUGCUAGAAAACUAUAACAACUUAAUCACAGUGGGCUGUCCAUUCACCAAACCUGAUGUGAUUUUCAAGUUGGAGCAAGAAGAAGAACCAUGGGUGGAGGAAGAUGUGGAUGUGUUAAGGAGACACUGGCCAGGAGAAAUAUGGGGAAUUGAGGAGCAUCAGAAAAUCCAGGACAGACUUUUGACACAACUUGAAGAUAAAUUCACAAAACCACUGACUGAAGAAAAAGUCAAUGAAUGUCAUAAGAAAUUUGCAAAUGCAUUUACUCUGAAUUCAGACUUUUUUCCUUCCAGUCAUAAUCUGUAUGGCUAUGACUUAUUUGGAAAGUGUUUAGAACAUAAUAAUUUUGUCUAUUGUAAUAAUGAGAGAAUCCUUAAAUAUAAUGAACCUGUGAAAUCAUUUGGCAAUAGCUCAUCCCAUCUUGUAGUAACCCCGUUUAAGUGUAAUCAUUGUGGAAAAGGAUUCAGCCAAACCUUGGAUCUCAUCAGACACCUGAGAAUUCAUACUGGAGAAAAACCCUAUGAAUGUAAAAAAUGUAAAAAAGCCUUCAGCCACAAGGAAAAACUCGUUAAACAUCAUAAAAUUCACAGUAGGGAGCAGUCUUAUGAAUGUAAUGAAUGUGGGAAAGCUUUCAUUAAAAUGUCAAAUCUUAUUAGGCAUCAAAGAAUUCAUACUGGAGAGAAACCCUAUGCAUGUAAGGAAUGUGGGAAAUCCUUCAGCCAGAAAUCAAAUCUCAUUGAUCAUGAAAAAAUUCAUACUGGAGAGAAACCUUAUGAAUGUAAUGAAUGUGGAAAAGCAUUCAGCCAGAAGCAGAGCCUCAUUGCACAUCAGAAAGUUCAUACUGGGGAAAAACCUUAUGCAUGUAACGAAUGUGGUAAAGCCUUCCCUCGAAUUGCCUCCCUUGCUCUUCACAUGAGAAGCCACACAGGAGAAAAACCUUAUAAAUGUGAUAAAUGUGGAAAAGCCUUCUCUCAGUUUUCCAUGCUUAUUAUACAUGUGAGAAUUCACACAGGUGAGAAACCCUAUGAAUGCAAUGAAUGUGGAAAGUCCUUUUCUCAAAGCUCAGCCCUUACUGUACAUAUGAGAAGUCAUACUGGUGAGAAACCCUAUGAAUGUAAGGAAUGUAGAAAAGCCUUCAGCCACAAAAAAAACUUCAUUACCCACCAGAAGAUUCAUACUAGAGAGAAACCUUAUGAAUGUAAUGAAUGUGGGAAAGCCUUCAUUCAGAUGUCAAAUCUUGUUAGACACCAGAGAAUUCACACUGGAGAAAAACCCUAUAUAUGUAAGGAAUGUGGCAAAGCCUUUAGCCAGAAAUCAAAUCUCAUUGCUCAUGAAAAGAUUCAUUCUGGAGAGAAACCCUAUGAAUGUAAUGAAUGUGGUAAAGCCUUCAGCCAAAAGCAAAACUUUAUUACACAUCAGAAAGUUCACACUGGAGAGAAACCUUAUGAUUGUAAUGAAUGUGGUAAAGCCUUCUCUCAAAUUGCAUCCCUUACUCUUCAUCUGAGAAGUCACACAGGGGAAAAGCCUUAUGAAUGUGAUAAAUGUGGGAAAGCCUUCUCUCAGUGCUCGUUGCUCAAUUUACAUAUGAGAAGUCAUACAGGUGAGAAGCCCUAUGUAUGUAAUGAAUGUGGAAAAGCUUUCUCUCAAAGAACUUCCCUUAUUGUACACAUGAGAGGUCAUACAGGUGAGAAACCCUAUGAAUGUAAUAAAUGUGGAAAAGCCUUCUCCCAAAGUUCAUCCCUUACUAUACAUAUACGAGGUCAUACAGGUGAGAAACCCUUUGACUGUAGUAAAUGUGGAAAAGCCUUCUCUCAAAUCUCAUCUCUUACACUUCAUAUGAGAAAACAUACAGGUAGAAGCCUUAUCAUUGUAAUGAGUGUGGUAAGGCUUUCAGCCAAAAGUCACACCUUGUUAGACACCAGAGAAUUCAUACUCAUUAGAAAUAGAAACCCCAUGAAUAUUGUGAAUAUGGAAAAGCCUUCAGAAGGAAUUAGUACCUCCUUGCACAUUACAUAAUCAGUUCUAGAGGAAAAAACUAUGAAUGUGGGAAAGUCUUUCAAAGAAGUCACACAUUUGUGAAACAUGAGAAUUCUUACAGAGCUGACAAAUUGUAUAAUGCAAAGCUGGUCAUCAAAAACCUUCAGCAGACAUCUUAUCGAUGAUAUUUAUUCAGCAUUCUCAUUAAAAUCUGAAACAAAGUAUCUGCUGUCAGCAUAUCAGCAUACUUGAGCUUCUAGCCAAUGUAUUAAGCAAGAAAAAAUUGUGAAGAAAGAUAAACUAUAAAAUAACCUUUUAUAUGAGAAGUAGUUUAUUAGAAAAUGUGUUGAUAUAAAAUAUCUAAGAAUAAACACAACAAUGAAUUUUGAGAGAGAGAUAUAUAAAGUUAUAAAACAUUUUGAAGGGCACAAAAGAACACCUGAAUCACUGAGAAAAAUGACAUUGUCUGAAAAGAUUUGACAUUUUAAAAAACAUAAAUUCUCUCACACACCUUUGAGUUUAAGUUUAAAGUACUUCCACUCAAAGUUUUCACUAGUUAGUUAUAGUUUAAGAAUUUCACAAACAUUCAGUGUUUCACAUAGGAAUGUAAAGAAGCACAAAUAGCUGGAAAAAAUGUUAAAAACAAAAGAGAAGACACAGUUUACUAGAUAUUACAUACUUGAUUUAAAGCUAGUGUCAUUUAAACAAUGUUCUUGAUGAGUAAAUCAAUCAGUGGAAACAAAUUGAGGUUAGGAGGAAGGAGACAUGGGAAUUUUGUGUAUGAUAGUGCUAUUGAGAUCAUUGCAGAAAGCAUAGCCUGUUCAAUUAAUGGAAGAUUCAUGUGAGCAAAAUGUUAGUGCUCUACUUUAUGCCAUACAAAAGUAAAAUUCAAGUAGAUUGAAGACCAGAAUAUAGAAAGCAAAAUUCUAAAACUAUGAUGGAAAUAGAAUAUUAAUUUAGAGUAACAGGAUUUCUCUAAAAACACAUGAAUAUGGAACAAUCCAUUCUAGUUUGGUGUAUUGGCUUCAGAGGCACCCACAUAUGUGCGCAGAGAUAUAUCUCUAUCACUAUGUUCACUGCAUCAUGGUUUGUAUUACUCUAAAUUGGACAUAACAUAUUUCUAUUAGUAGAGAAAUAGGUUAGUUGAUGUAAUUAUUUCUAUGGUAGAAUACAGUUUUAGAGGGGAGAUACAAAUUAUUACAUGGAUAGAUCACAAUAUAUAAUAUUGAGAGAAAACAGCAAAAUGUACAAUGAAACAUGAUAUAACGUUUGUAUAAAUUUAAUAAUGCAAAGAACAGUACUGUGUAUUGAUCCUGGAUCCAUAUAUGACAUUGGUUGCCUUUUAGGAACUGGGAAAGGUCUGGAGGGAGUUGUUAUAUUUAUCUGUAAUAUUUCUUUAAUAAAAGAAAAAGCAAAUAUGACAGUGGUAACAAAUCUUGUCAAAAUUAUGUUGAUUUUAAAAUAUUCUUGCCUUUAUUUUUGUCUUUCUAUAAAAUAAGAAUCAGAUGGGUGGAGGAAAUCUGGACCUAUAGAAACAAUUUUAAAAUUUAUUCUUAUUUUUGAUAAGAUACUAAUAUUUAUGGAAAGUUAUCUUUACUAAUACACAAACCAAACCUGAAUUAAAAUAAUAAUUUGCUUCUGAUAAUGUUAAUUAGGAUAAUAAAAAUCAGCAGUAUAUAGCA